AUGGCUACUACCAAUAAUAAUACUCCAGCGCAUGCAUCACAUGCUUAUUUAUUCAAAAAUGGUUAUGGAAUGAUUGUUAAAACAUUUGAAUUUCCUUCAAACAACAAAACAAAUGGUCAAUGUAUCGAACUAAUGGAUCCACCAUCAAAUCCAGUCCAUGGAACAUUUUGGAUACAAUCAUUAUCCAAUAAAACUUCGAUUACUUCUAUUCGUACAAAAACAACAAAGAAAUUUGUUGAUAAAGAAUGUUUUAGUGUGGAAGAUUUAGUUGAAGCUAAUGUAGGAGAAAAUGUUGAAAUUCUUGUUACUGAUGAUGUACGUCAAACGAAAGAAUGGAUAACGGGUAAAAUAAAAUCUGUUAAACGAUUUCAAGAAUCAUCUGACGAUGAAGAUACAAAUGCUGCAAUACCGUCAGGUCCCGUUGGCCAUUCAUUUCCAGGUCACCAUACUAUUUCGAGCAGACCACCAUCAAGCAAUUUUCAUUCGUCUCAUAACAAAUCCGGUGAUCUCGUUUUAUUUGAAACAGUUGAUAACGGUUUGUUAGGAUUGACUCUAACAAGUAUAAAAUCAAUUCGUAGUGCAACAUUGAAGACAACAUAUCCACAUAAACUCUUCAAAAAUUGUUUAUCAAUUGAUUAUAAAAAUGAUUCUGGUUCUAAUGAUACAGGUUUAAUGAAAUAUCUUACAUAUGGUAUUACAUGGGCACCUUCAUACAAUUUAGUACUUUUAAAUUCAAAUGAUCCUUCUACAAAAAGAUUACGUCUUUCAUCGAAAGCUGUUAUUUUAAAUGAUAUUGAAAAUAUGACUGUUGAUAAUCUAUUUUGUAUUGUUGGAUUUCCAAAUAUAUCAAAAUUUGCUUCAGUUAUUGAUCCAAUAAUUAGUGGAGAUGAUGUGAAAACCUUCCUCAAUAGUCUAACACAAUGUGAAACAACACAUAACAGAGGACAUGGUCGUAAUAUGGCAAAUAUUAUGUCGAAUUCAAUAAUGACACAGCAGAUGGCUAUGCCACCGAUGUCAUAUAAUACUUCUAUUCCGGAUGAUACUUCACAAGAUGUGAAUGUUGAUGAUCUUCAUUUAUAUGAAUUUAAAAAUAUUUUAUUACAAAAAAAAGAACGUUUAAUGUUACCAAUAUUUGAUAUAGAAAUACCCUAUAAAGAUAUUUAUCAUUGUAAAAUAAAUUCAUUACAAUCUGAAUAUAUGCAUUCAGGAUAUGGUGAAAAAAAACCAUUCGAAGAAGUAUGGCAUAGUGUUGAAUUUGAAAAUAUAACAAAUUUUGUUUUAACAACAGCUCCAAUUGUAAUAACAAAAGGUGACCAAGAACAACAAUUUAUUGGUCAAGAUACAUUAACAUAUACAUCAAAAGGACUAACAACUUUUGUUAAUUUAACAAAAGCACUCGAUGUUCAAAUACAAGCAGAAGAAAACGUCGUGAAUACAAAUCCAAAACGAUUUACUUUCCGACGUGCUAAUUAUCAAUCAGAUAGUAUUGAAGGAAAAAUCUCAGUUGUCAAUUAUAAAACAGAAACAAUCGUUGUUGUGAUUAAUUUAUCAUUGACAGGAAAAAUAACUAAUCAUUCAGUCGCACCGAAAAAAGAUGUGAUGAAAACUAAUGAAAAUACUGUUAAUGAACAACAUGAUAUACGAUGGGAAAUCAAUAUUAAACCUAAACAAACAUUAGAUAUUACAUAUAAUAAAAUAUAUAAUAGAGGAAUAUAA